GCCGCAGAGGGGCCGCGGGAGGCGGAGGCGAAGGCGGCGGUGCGGGAGCAUCAUCGUCAUGGUUACCUCCGCACGGCUCCGCUCUGCCACGGGCUCCCGGACCUGCGUCCGUCCGCCUGCGUGUGUCCGUGCCUCGGUCACCCCGCUCCCUCCUCCCCUGCUCUCUCCCUUUUCGUCUCCGUCUCCCCGUGCCUUCCAGAGGCAGAGCGGCGUGAAGCGCUGCUUGCGUGAUUCCUUUCCCGAGCUGCAGGAGAAGGGGAGAAGUUGCCCCACCCCGGCCCACCUUCCUCCUCCUCACGGGCAAGGGCUGUGAAGGCACAAGGAGGACGCGUGGUGCUCCAGGCUCCUCUCGUGGGUUCUUCCUUCCCAAGCACCGUGUGGUGGUGAAGAUGCCAGGGCUGAUCAACCAGAGCUCCCGUUGCCCACUGCUGCUCACCGCCUCCCAGGUGACAUCCUGUGUCAGUGGAUAUGCCCUGGGCAUGACAGCUUCGCUCACCUACUGCAAUCUGCAGGCACAGCCCUGCAAAGGGCUCUUCAUCUUCCCCCUGGAUGAAGGCACCACCGUCGUGGGAUUUGAGGCAGUGAUCUGCCAGCGUGCUGUGACCGUGCAGAUAAAGGACAAAGCCAAGAUUGACGACGUGUAUUUGAACAGCAUCAGCCUCCCUGAUGGAGGAGCUCCCAGCGGGGGUGGAAGGAUUGUGAUGGAUGAGGACUUGGAGAGGAUUGCUUUUGUGGCCAACCUGGGCAUGAUUCCUCCCCUGGAAAGCGUCUCCAUCUUUAUCAGCACCUCCUCUGAGCUGCAGACGCUGCCCAGCGGGGCUGUGCGGGUCCUCCUGCCAGCUGUGUGUGUCCCCAGGGUCCCUCAGCCCAGCCUGGAGAACACCAGCAGCCUUUCCAGCCACCUGCUGAGAAUGGACAAGCAGUGCUGCUCACUGAGGAGCCCAGAGCUUGGGAGCAGUUUCUGUCUGGCCCAGCUGCUGCAGAGUGAGGCAACCAACCCUUCUGAGUAUGAGUUCAGCUUCCACCUGGAGAUCCGGGGGCCAUGCUUGCUGGCAGGCGUUGAGAGCCCCACGCAUGAGAUCCGAGCAGAUGCCGACCCCUCCGCUCGCUCAGCGAAGAGCAUCGUCAUCACGUUGGCCAACAGGCACACGUUUGACCGACCUGUGGAGAUCCUCAUCCACCCGAGUGAGCCCCACAUGCCUCACAUCUUAAUGGAAAAAGGUGAUAUGACGCCUGCAGAGUAUGAACAGCACUUGAAGGGGAAGAGUGAUUUCAUUAAGGGCACAAAGAAGGACCCCAGUGCUGAGAAAAAGAUGGAAAUCAUCCGGAAGCGCCUGCACAAGGACAUCCCCCACCACCCUGUCCUCAUGCUGAACUUCUGCCCCGAGCUCAGCACGGCCCCGGCUGACCUGCAGAAAGCUGCUGGAGAAUUCAUCUUCCUGGUGGACUGCAGUGGGAGCAGCACGAGCAUCCGCCGUGCCAAGGAUGCUCUGCUGGUGGCCCUCAAGAGCCUGAUGCCAGCGUGCCUCUUCAACAUCAUCACCUUCAGCUCCACCUUCAAGAUCCUAUUCCCAGCCAGCAGGACGUACUGCGAGGAAAGCCUGGCCGUGGCCUGUGAGAGCAUCAGGAGGAUGCAUGCAGACACCGGGAGCCCCAACAUCUUGUCUCCUCUCAAGUGGAUUUUUCGGCAGCCCAUCCGCAGGGGCCACCCCCGCCUGCUCUUCCUGCUGGCUCACAAGGCUGUGGGCAACACAGGGACGGUGCUGGAGCUGCUGAGGAACCACGCCUGCUCCACCAGAUGCUACAGCUUCGGCAUUGGGCCCCACGCCUGCAGGAGGUUGGUGCAGGGAGCAGCUGCUGUGUCCAGGGGCAUCGCUGAGUUCCUGGCGGAGGGCGAGAGGCUGCAGCCCAAGGUGAUCAGGUCGCUGAAGAAGGCGAUGGCUCCAGUGCUGAGUGAUGUGUCAGUGGAGUGGGUCUUCCCUGAAAGCACCGAGGUGUUGGUUUCCCCUCUCAACACCAGCUGCCUCUUCCCUGGGGACCGCCUGGUGGGCUACAGCAUCAUCUGUGACACCUCACUGUACAUCUCCAAGCCCAGAGCUGACAAGAGACGACGGUACAGCACCAUGCGCUCCCAGGAGUCAGGCAGCUCCGUUUUCUUUCAUUCCCAAGAAGAAGGGACUGGUGCUGAGAGCUGGAGCUACCCAGAGGGAUGCAGCACCCCGGAUCAGCUGGUGGCAGGCAGGGACCCCAGCGGAGAAUCAGACACGGAUGCCGAUGUGAAAGCGUCCUGCAGGAGACGUGCAUACAGUGCCAACCAAAUCUCUGACCACCAGCCCCUCUACAAGGAGCCCACAGCCAGCGACCCGGGCAGCGCGCUAUUGAGGAACCCCCUCCGCAAAACCCAGCUGCAGGACCUGCAGCAGCUCAGCCCUGAGCUACAGCCUGUGCAUUUCCAGCCCUUCACUGCCACCCCACACAUCUCCACCACCUGGAUCUGUGGUGCAGGCACCCGCUGGCCCUCCCUGCUGCAGCAGAGCCAUGUGUCCUCCUGCCACUGCCCCACGUCCCCACCAGCACCUGACGUGGCUGUGGGAUGGAGUUCAGGCCUUCUCGAUGCCAGCCUGCAGUCCUCAUCCGACAGCCGGAGCCCUGGGGAGCUGGAGGCUGCCCAACAUCCAUCCUUCACAUUUGAAACAGAGACCUCUUCAGACUGGGAGCCCCAGGAUUGGGAUUCCGGUGCCACCCGGGGCUCCCCGCGCUCCCCCCGCGUCUCCUGCAAGGCAGUGGUGAAGGGGCUGCGGGGCGGUGAGCCCAUGCAGUGGGAAAUCACCUUCGACCUCCCUGCACUCCUCCGAGAGCAGAACGGGCAGGAGGAGGGCGAGGAGGACGUGUGGAGUGAGACCUUCCACCAGCUGGCAGCCAGGGCCGUCAUCAGGGACCUGGAGCUGCUCGCCGAGAGGGAGCGCGACAUCGAGCACGGGCCAGGGAGGCGAUACCAACUCAACGCCGUCCACACCAGCAAGGCCUGCAAUGUCAUCAGUAAAUACACAGCCUUCGUGCCGGUGGAGCUGAGCAGUGGCACCUACCUGCCCCCCAUCAUUGAGUACAGCCACACAGGGGUUUUGUCCAAGCAAGGUGGCCAUAGGAGCCUCAGCUCGGGGCGCAGGAGGUGUCGUGACCUUUCCUCUGCACAACCCCUCUCACCGUGCGGCCAGAAUGGAGAUGAUGGAUUUUAUGGCACGGAUAUGGAAGAGCCCAGGCUGUCGCCCUGCAGCACCACACUGUCCUCCAGCUGGAAGCGCUGCCGCAUCCCUGAAGUGCCAUUCCAGAGCCUAUCUGCUUCUUCCACACGCUCCCCAAAAUCCAUCGAGAGCAUCUUUGCUGCAAGGCUUACCCUCCAGAAGACCAGGCUGCUGACUCGGGCUGCCAAAGGUUUCAUGAGCAAAUCUCCAGCCAGAGCAAGCGAAGCCAGCUCUGAGAGUGACAGCGAAAGCGCCGAUUACCUUCCCCUGGUGUCCCUGCAGCUGGCCUGCGGUGCCUUCCUCAUGAACAGUGCCUUCUGCAAGGCAGUCAGCAUCCCCAUGGAGAAGCUCUGCUGGACUUCACCCUUCUCUUGCCACCGCUUGGCGCUCAGCCCCUCCAGCUCCUCCAUCACCAAGAAGCCAGAGCAGUGUGGAAGCCCCGUGCACAGCCAGCGGCUCCUGACCCCCAACAGCAGCUCUGCAUGGGAUGCAGGAGGCGCCAUGGAAAGCGUCUCCAAAGCCCUGAAAGCUGAGAGCGAGCUCUCCCCCCCUGCCAUCACCAUCCGCCACUCCCCAGCUGAGCAGUGGGAUGCCAGCAUCUCUGAGGCAGGCAGCACUGAUGUCCAAAGGCUGCUGCUGGAUAUUGAGCUGCAGAAGCAGACAGAGCCCGAGGGGAUGCUGUGGGCCACGGCUGUAGCACUGGCCUGGUUGGAGCACAGCUCAGCAUCCCACUUCAUUGAGUGGGAGCUGGUGGCUGCCAAGGCCAGCUUGUGGCUGGGUGAGCAGGACUUCCCGCAGGGCUGCAGCCUGGCUGCUGUGAAAUCUGCAGCCCAGCAGCUCUUUGUCUUGCUCAGGCACUGGGAUGAGAACCUGGAGUUCAACCUGCUGUGCUACAACCCUGGCAGUGUGUGAGAUGGGGCAGCAGGAUAGGGACCCAUCCCUGAGGAUGCCACCACAGGGACCUGUGUGGGCUGACCAGGCAGCCUCCAGCUGGUCAGCAAACAGAAGCAGCCUGGGCAGAAUGCUGUGCUCAGGGGUUGGUGCUUUGCCCCUGGACAGUCCCUGCAGUAGGAUGCUAGCUGUGUGCUUCUGGUUCCCAGUCAGCUCUUGCCCCUUCAUUGCUGCCAGGACUCUGUGUCCCCUCCAGAAAUCCGUGCAUCCUCAGCUUCUCCUAUCUCAGCUGUCUCAUAGCAGAAGUGGGCAUCCCUCAGCAUUUCAUAAGGGAAACCUGUGUGAUGGACCACGGAGCUGGGAGGAUGCUGCCUUGCCUUGAGCCCCGUGAGCUGCAUCAGUUGCAGAUGGGGACCAUAAAUCUGGAUGGUGCUGAGCUCUGAAGCCCCAAGGCUGCCAGAGUGGGUGGGCAGGGAGAGCAGCCCCCAAGGCACCAAAUAGAGACACCCUGUGCCAAAACAACUCGGGGGGGUUGUGCUCCCUGCCGUAAUGCUGCAUCCCUUGUGUGCAGUGCUCUGAUGUUGUGCUGUCAACCAAUGUAUUGUCCGUGUCGCUCCUUGCAGAGCUGUGGGGAGCAGAGGACAGGCUGCAAAGGAACGUUUUCCCAGCAUCCUACUUUGCCCCAAAGAUCCCACCUGGAAAGCUCCACGGAUGUGGGCACGUCACGUUGCCUUUUCCUCCUGCAGUGUGUGCUUCAGGUUUCUGUGCUGUGUGUGUGUGUGUGCAGUCAGGGAUCUGUGAGCAUCAGUGUCACCCUUCGGGGUCUGUGUGAUGGGAUCAUUGGCACUGCCGUGUUGUCUGGGUAAACCAAGCCUGCCUUGUUUUGGGGUCACCCCCACUGUCUGCAGUGUGGUGCAGAUCGUGCAAAACAGGAGAGGAAAAAAAAAAAAAAAAGCCUAAAACCUUUUCAUUUCCUCAUUUUGGCUCAGAGUGGAAGGAGAUGCACCUGGAGCUUCCGUGGUGCGUGGAGAACUGAUGGCUGCGGGGUUUGAUGAGCAGUUAUAUGAGUGGGGGGUUAUAUGAGUUUGGGGGGUUGGACUCGAUGGUCUCUGGAGGUCCCUUCCAACCCCUACAAUUCUGUGAUUCUGUGAUUCUGAGUGCCUUCUUGCAGGUGUUUCCCCACCCCAUCCCAUCCCUUUCCCCACUCCCCUCCCUGCCCCACAGCUGCUCCCUUGGCUGAGCCACAUGGAUGGCAAACAGUCAUUUAUUCACAUCCUCACACCCUACCACAUGCAGCCAAGCACCAGGCCGUGCCUGCCCACUGUUGUCUGGGCUCAUUAGCCACCUCCAGCUGCCUAAUUGGGCUGCUGAUGAGGGCUGUGGGGUCUGCCUGGAGUGGGGACAGGUCCCCAUGGCUCUCUCCGGGUUUGGCUGAGGGCUGGAUGCAGUGUGGCUGCUGGGAUGCUGUUGCUGGAGUGACCGUGAGUGCCUCAUUAGGAGAAAUGAGUCUGAAUACAGUCAUCAGCUGGAGCUUAAUAAAUGAGCCCCUCCGUGCAGCGCAAAAUAAAUAUUUGCGUGGGGAGAGAGUGGCUUCCCCAGUUCCACAGGGCAGGUGGGCUGGAUGUUGGGAUUUUGGGGACAGAACCAACCCAAGUUGGGCAUCCCUGGUGCCAAACUGCAGUCCUGGCCAGGGCCAGACCUCAAACCUCGUGUUCUCCAUAGAUGGGGCGCGUCGGCGGAGCGCAGGCGGGUUAUGAAAGCCACCAACACCGUCCCCAUCGAGGGAUGCUUCUCAGGAGGGACGCGGCCGCUCGGUGCCGUGGGCUCAGCUCUCCCAAAAUAGAGCCCAGGGCAGCUCUGGGUGUCGGAGGCAUCCGAGCGCAGUCAUGUGGAUGUUAUGCAAGAGUUGAUGAUAGGUUGUAAACAGCUAUUAGCGUGAUUGACGGAGCCGGGACCGAGUGUUGGGGGGGAGGAAGGGAGAGAUGAGUAAUAAUGAUUAAAAAUAAUUAGCAAAUCGAGACGUUCCCUAAAUGAGGGGGAAGCAGCGUGAGGAUGGAGGAAGGGGACGGGAAGGAAUUGUGCCCCAAGGGGUGAGGAUGAGGAGGGAUGCCUGGCAGCAAA